GAAAAGUUUACGUUCAACGUUCAAGUUCAUCGCGAAAUUCGUGACCCAACUUUCGAAAAGCUUGAACCGUAGAAAAACACGUGACCAAUUUCCAUUUCUGUUUCAUAUCAGUGAACAAAUAACACACAAAUUACGAUCUUCGUAUAUCAAUAGGCGAAUUUCGCUCAAACAAACAUAGCGUGUCUCUCUGUUGUACGGUUUGAAAAAUGGAUUUCGGCUAAGUUGUUUGAUUUUUUUUAUAGUUACCAAAUUGUAUAUUGUUACAUUAACGCGCAAACUUUUAAAUUAUUGUAGUAUGUUCAUAAAUUAUUCGGACUACGAAAAAAGAGACUUCUUGGCAAAAACACAGACGUACUUUUUACCAGGGUACACGGGUCAUUGUCCUACUUUGAAAUUUCAAAUAGGUAAAUGCUAUGGAACAUCGACAAAAGAAAUAAUACACAAUUUGAGAAGAAAUGGUGUCAUACGCGGUUGUCCGAAGAUCGCCGAUGCUUCUUAUCAAUUACCAAAGAUAGAUUUCGCUCAACGUAAUAAAUACAUCCUCGGAUAUACUGGUUAUAUUCCUGGAAUGUAUCAACACUACGGUCAAUCAUUUCGUCAAAUUGCAGAAAAAUGUGAAACUAAACGUAAUACGAAGGCUGUUUCUUUUGAAAAGAAACUUCAUCCUUCAACUGAUUACACCAAGAAUCUCUAUUUGAAACCGUACUUGAAAUCUUCAGCACAAACCGGAAAAUUAGUUAUACAUUGAAAUUGGAAUUAUUGAUGGUAAAUUGGCGAAUUCCGGUUCGAAUUUCCAUUACUUUCAACCAUUGAUGGCGUGAUUAUCUGCCAUUAUUCGUGACAACAAAUAAAUUACCUACUGAUUUCAACAUAACAUAUUUUGAAUCGGAUUUUUAGCUUUGUACGAUCUUUACGUCUAAUUUUUCUUUACAUCCAGAAUUAUAUUCAGCUUGCAGUGGACGUUUUUGUAACUUUCAAUAUUUAACUUAGUAUUAUCUAAAUUAUUAUUUUAACGCGUUGCUAGUUUUGAAAAUUAUUUUCUUUUGUUAAAACAAAAAGUAUUAUGUAUUUCCGAAUACCUAAUUAUGUUCCUAUUUUAGAGUAAGAAUGAGAAUUGUCAUUCCAAUUAUUACCUACUAUAUACGACUUUGAAAAACAGUAUUAUUUCUUUGUUGCGUUGAAUAAAUUAUUCUGUUUAUGUUGUUUCA